AUGGAUCGCUACGGCUCGCUGGGCAUGCUGCUGGACGGCGGAGGAGGAGCCGGAUCCGGCGGUGACCUGCCGCCGGGGUUCCGGUUCCACCCGACGGACGAGGAGCUCAUCAGCUACUACCUCCUCCGCAAGGUGCUGGACCACGGCUUCUCCGGCGCGCGCGCCAUCACGGAGAUCGACCUCAACAAGUGCGAGCCGUGGGAGCUGCAGGACAAGGCGUGCCGGGCCACGGCGGAGAAGGAGUGGUACUUCUACAGCCUCCGCGACCGCAAGUACCCCACGGGCCUGCGCACCAACCGCGCCACGGGCGCCGGCUACUGGAAGGCCACGGGCAAGGACCGCGAGAUCCGGAGCGGCCGCAGCGGCGCCCUCGUCGGGAUGAAGAAGACGCUCGUCUUCUACCGCGGCCGCGCCCCCAAGGGGCAGAAGACCCAGUGGGUCAUGCACGAGUUCCGCCUCGAGGGCACCUUCGCCUACCAGUUCUUCUCCAACAACACCACAAGGGACGAGUGGGUGAUCGCGAAGAUCUUCGUGAAGCCGGGCACGGUGCCCCCGCCACGCAAGUCCCGCUACGGCCUGAGCAGCGGCGCCGGCGACACCUCCUGCUUCUCCGACUCCACCUCCGUCUCCAUGGGCUGUGGGGGCGGCACCUCCGCCUCGUCCGCGCCGCGCCACCAGCUCCAGGAUACCAGCUCGCUUUUUGCCGUGGCGCACGCUGCCGCCGCCGCCGACGGCGAGAGCAGCUCCUACGGCGCCACCAACAACAACAGCAACAACAGCGCGGCGGCCAACUGCCGUGAGCUCGUGCCCUGCUUCUCCAACCACGCCCAGACGGAUGCCACCCUCCUCGGCAUCGGGCAGUACGACCCGGCUCCGAUCGCCUUCGAGCCGCCGCUGGCCUUCUUCCAGAGCGCCCGCACGGCGCCGGACAACAACAACUUCCAGCUGCCGACAUUCUUCUCUGGCGGCCUGCAGUCCGGGGUGUCCCCGCUCGGCAUGGGAGGAGGGGCCUUCCAGUACUGGCCGUCCUCCGGCUACGAGAUGAAGCUGGAGGGCGCCGUCGGCCGCGCGCCGGCCCAGAUGGCCGUGGGGCCAGGCCAGCUUGAUGGCUCCGGCUGGAACUUCUAG